ACUUCCGGUCCUGGGCAAAUUGGAGGAGUCGCUGCUUCCGGUUUAUAUUUACAGCGCCGAAUAUGUAGAAUUGUGUGAUAAUGUGCAGAGCAAAGUGCCCCGGCGGGCCAGCAUGGUGCAUUCAUUAAUAGAGGCAUAUGGGCUGCUCAAAGAGAUGGGGUGAGGUCAGAUACUGCCAUUGUGUCAGUCACUCUCAGAAAGAAUUAUGCCCAGAAGGUGCUUGGUGCGGAUGACACCAUGUUGAAUGUUGAUCCAACGGCUGGUAUUUGCCAUUUGCUCUAUGACAGUGCCCCCAGUGGACGUUUUGGGACAAUGACUUAUCUCUCUAAAUCAGUAGCCAUCACCCUGCAGGAGUCCUUACCCCACAGCGGAUGUUCCAUGCAGUGACAUAUACAGUCUGUUUACACUAAAGCUGCUGGUAUCCUGAGAGCCACUGUGAAGGAGUAACCAAAAGUAAUGGAAGGUGCUUGGUGCGGAUGACACCAUGUUGAAUGUUGAUCCAACGGCUGGUAUUUGCCUUUUGCUCUAUGACAGUGCCCCCAGUGGACGUUUUGGGACAAUGACUUAUCUCUCUAAAUCAGUAGCCAUCACCCUGCAGGAGUCCUUACCCCACAGCGGAUGUUCCAUGCAGUGACAUAUACAGUCUGUUUACACUAAAGCUGCUGGUAUCCUGAGAGCCACUGUGAAGGAGUAACCAAAAGUAAUGGGCCAGCAUGGUGCAUUCAUUAAUAGAGGCAUAUGGGCUGCUCAAAGAGAUGAGGGUAGUGAAGCCAAAAGUUGCUUCUAUGGAAGAAAUGGCUGCAUUUCACACUGAUUCAUAUCUCCAGCAUCUACAUAAAGUCAGCGAGGAGGGCGACAAUGAUGAUCCUGAAACCCUUGAAUAUGGACUAGGCUAUGACUGCCCCAUUACUGAAGGAAUAUAUGACUAUGCUGCUGCUGUGGGGGGAGCCACCUUAACUGCUGCUGAACAGCUUAUGGCAGGCAAAACGCGCAUUGCCAUAAACUGGCCUGGUGGUUGGCAUCAUGCAAAGAAAGAUGAAGCUUCUGGAUUCUGUUACCUUAAUGAUGCUGUUCUGGGGAUCUUGAAACUGCGGGAAAAAUUUGACCGGGUGCUGUACGUAGAUAUGGAUUUACAUCAUGGUGAUGGGGUUGAAGACGCUUUUAGUUUCACUUCAAAAGUAAUGACUGUUUCUCUUCAUAAAUUUUCCCCUGGAUUUUUUCCUGGUACCGGUGAUGUAAGUGACAUUGGCCUGGGUAAGGGACGUUACUACAGUGUUAAUGUACCAUUGCAAGAUGGAAUACAGGAUGAAAAAUAUUACCAAAUCUGCGAGGGUGUCCUAAAAGAGGUUUUCACAACAUUUAACCCUGAGGCAGUUGUCCUGCAGUUGGGAGCAGAUACAAUAGCUGGGGAUCCCAUGUGUUCCUUUAACAUGACACCCCAGGGGAUUGGAAAGUGCCUAAAAUAUGUUCUACAGUGGCAGCUUCCAACACUCAUCCUGGGAGGAGGGGGCUACCAUCUCCCAAACACAGCUCGUUGCUGGACAUACUUGACCGCACUUAUAGUUGGCAGAACUUUAUCUUCUGAAAUCCCAGACCACGAGUUCUUCACAGAAUACGGACCUGACUAUGUACUAGAGGUUACACCGAGCUGCCGGCCUGACCGCAAUGACUCUCAGAAGGUUCAGGAAAUCUUACAGUCUAUUAAAGGUCACUUGAAACAAGUGGUUUAGAGUGGCGUUUCCCUACAGACAAUGUUUUCUCCUGUCGUGUCUCAGUCCGCUGAUGCAUACUUUGCACGUAAAGACCAAGUGCAGUGUUGUCUGUGUGUAUAUGAUGCCACAGCGCAACAUGUCCUACUGCAAUCACCCACAUUCCUCUACUGUGUGUCCUGUGUGCUCCAAGAAUAUAUAUUUUUUAACUUGUUGCUUUUAACUGCUAUUUUUAAACGAAUAUUAAACCAUUGUUUAUAAACCA